CAAAAUUGUAACUUUAACACAAAUCUAUUUAGAGAAUAUAUAACAGUCACAGCCCAUGAAAUUUAAUGAAGCUUUGAAGUAAACAAACCAUUUUUUUAAGGUAGGAAAAGAUCAUGGAGUGCUCAUCAUUCUAUAACCUAAAUUCAGUUGCAAAUUCAUCCUUUUUCCAGAGAUCAGCCCAGAACAAUAACUGUCAGAAUGCUCCCUCCAGAUGCUCAUUCCCCUGCUCUCUUCCAGCCCUGAAACUUAAAUUCCCCUCCUCUUCAUUUGUGUUGCAUUGUUGUGAUCAAAAUGAUGAAUCCCUCUCAACUUCUGCAGCUUAUGAUGUUCUUGGGAUUGCUCCAAAUUGUACUCCAGCUCAACUUAAGGCUGCUUUUCGGGCUAAAGUUAAAGAGUUUCAUCCUGAUGUUAGACAAGAUGAGGGAAACUCUGAUAUAAUGAUUCGUCGUGUAAUUAGAGCUUAUGAGAUGCUAUCCGACUAUAGUAGGUCAGAGAUAAUUGAGAGGGAGUGCUCAGAUCCAUUUGAUGAACCAGAAUGUGAGGCAUUUGACAUCUUUGUUAAUGAGGCCAUGUGUAUUGGUAAAGCCUGUCCUUAUUCAUGUGUCAAGAGAGCACCUCAAGCAUUUGAGUUUUCCUCUUUAACUGGAACUGCUCGCGCAACUUCCCAAGGUAGCUCCUCCACCACCAUGAUUCUACCGCUCUUCCCUUCUGCUUAAUCUGCCGGCAAAGUCAAUGUGAUUGCAACUGGGCAUGGUGAAGAUUAUGGCGUGCAGAGUGCAGUCGGCCAAUGCCCGAGAAGUUGCAUUUAUUAUGUGACGCCUUCACAAAGAAUUAUUCUGGAAGAGCUCCUUGACAGGUGACUACAUGCACUUAUAUGAAGAUAAUCUCUUUUGUGCUUGUCUUUUCAGGGUUCUGAAAGACCGAAAACUUUAGGAUGCAUGACUGCAAUUUGCUUCCUUUUUAGCCCGAGGACAAGUCUUUCUUUGCCUUUUCAAGAAGUGCUUCCUUUUGCUGUUAAAUUCUUGUGGUAAACAACUAAAGGAUUGUCUCUCAUUUUUUUCUCAAUGCAGUAUCAUUGAUGCUCCAUAUGACACUUCAGCUGAGGAAGACUUGCUUUACUCCCUCCUCGUGAAGGCAAAAUUUGAAAACAACCGGUACCAGAAACCAAAGCAACAACCUAAAGUCUCCACCAAACAUGUGGAUUGGUUCUAAGGCAUGCAUUCUUCAUCUUAAGAUGGUUAUUAAGUUGACCAAGUUUAAAAGCCAUCUAAAGGCAGCAACUAGAGUACUAAACCAACUGCUCCUGGUUAGGAAACAGAAGUCUCUGGCAAGUGGACAUCCCUGGAAUUGUCUGGAUUUACACGGCCGACCUCUCAAGCGAAAGCAGUUAGCUCGGCGAUUAUUUUGCAAGGCUGUAAUAAAGAAGUAAAAUUAUAAGAUUUACAAUAUUUAAUUAAGCUUUAUUUACUAGUAUUUUUAGUCGGUUAUCUGAUUUCAAGCCACACUUCUUAAAAUCAUUCUAUUUGAACAUAUAUGAUUUGUAAAUAUUGUGUUGACGAUGCAUGCAACCUUUUCUUGCUAGUGUUUUUUGAAUACACUAGUGUACAAGAAAAAUAUUACAAGG